AUGGCCGCCCCUACUUCUCGCCCGUCGUCACCUCUCCUUCCAGCCUUUGGCAUCCGCGACCUCAACAGUCCGCCAUCCUCCCUGGGUCUGGUUCAGAUCAGCCGCCGUCAGUACGACAACACAAUCCAGAGCCAGCCUGACGCCACACUGACAUAUAUCGACCUCGACGAUGGAGAAAUCAUCACCGUCGGAAGCUCAUACGAGUUGUCUCAACGUCUCGAAGAGCCGGUAGCAUCCUCAACCUACAGGGGUCGCUCUCCCGUGUCGACGUGGCGUCCCUUGCCCAACGCAGUCGAGGACAAACAAAACAAGAUACACAUUUUCGACAUACGACGCACGAGUGGAAGCUUGGCCGUAUGGAGAGACCACGAAGCAUACUCCAGCAAGAGCCUGAGAAAGAAAGAUGCCUCAUCGCCGACAGUGUCGAGGAGCACAAGCCCUUCUGCCUCUGAACCCCAGCCUCCGGUCAGCACAUCCAGUAUCCAGCCUCUUCAGACGGAGGACGACCUGACUGCAGCUCUUGCAGACCUACGUAUCAAUCACGAGCCAAGUGCGAGCUGCGCUUCCUCCGAAACCCCGAAACUCCACCAGACACAAGGUGAACCCGCACCUGAACUGGACAAUGCCCUUAACGCUGUCUUCACCGGCCUCGAGUCUCAUCUUGGCCCUUUAGCUGACAUCCUCGAGGCCACAGCGAGCGGACUACGGAAGAUCGCAGAAAAGACGCGUGAAGCGGACUCUACCCCGGUGGAGAACGUCCUGAAUGGCUUCCACAGCAUUGUAACAGAAAUUGGCCAACUCGGCAAAGAGUUUCUGGCGACACUUGAUGAAGAGCUGGAGAAAAACAGAACCAAGAAGUCCAUUGACGAUCCAUCUGAGGCAGAAAGACAGCAACUACCGCCCAGGCCUUCGUCCCGGCAUGGAACCCUCAGCCCAAGGCCAGACCCGCAGGCUGAUAAUGAAUCUGUGGCGAAGAAAGUCAGCUUUGUUGACACGGCACCAGCUGUACCUCCUCCUUCCAAACCUGAGGUUGCUCCCCCCGAGCUCGUGAAUCAAGAAGAGCCUGGCAUGGUAACACGAACAUUCACGCUGCCACCAGUGCCCAUGCCAUUUGCAACUCUUGGCAGAGGUCUCAGGCAGAAGUGUGUCGUCGAACUGCCGCCGCCAUGUCCCAGGCCAUCUCUUAUGACCACGUUCGCACCUUCUGCUCGCCACGAUACUGCGAAGGACUCCAUUAUUGACUCGCAACCCUCCGAUUCUGAUGUCUUGACCCGUUAUCCACCCCUGCCGUCUCUCCGCAAGGCUGCUAGUGUGAGUGGGCUGCGAGCUCGACCUGAAGCUACGAGCCGGUAUCAACCUCGCCUGAGUACAACCUCGGCUUUGUCUCGUUAUCCUAGCAUCGGCCAAUUCGAACAGCAAUCCCGAAUGAGCUCCCGAAGUGGGCCGAGCACGAAGCCCAGAGACACCUCGGACUCUGAAAUGGACUGGACCUUUCCGCCGCGGAUACCUAAGAAAAGAGAUGAUUACAAAAAGCCGACUGCGGAAGAUGCGGAUGACGAUGACGUCGUCGUCGCUGAACCACCAGCUAUAACAGCAGCGAAGAGCACAAAUCCAAUCCCGCAGGUGAAAGACUAUUUUGCAAAAGUUGAUGGAGUAUCUGCAGAACACCAAGACGCCCCCAAGAGCAGACCGGCCAGCUGGUACCCGCCACCACCCCCUGGUGCUUGGCCUGAGCAAAAGAUGGAUAAUCGGUCUGCGCCAACAGCCGAUGGCGACAAGCCUUCCACAGCUGGUGGCUCGGAAGUGGUGGCGUCGACUCAGGAACAGAUCUCCAGUGGUCUCUCCUCUCGCAUUAGCAGCCCAGUUAGCGAGACCUACAACCGUGCACCUAUCUUUCCGAAGAAAUCACAGACCGUCAGUGGUACUAACCCGGCCGCGAGGCUCAAUGGGCCAUUCGAUCCUCUUGCGCAUAUCCCCGUCCUCCAACCCAGACCCCUGCGCUCGCAGCCUGAUCUGUCAGUGCCUAAGCUACCCUCGAUGAGCGCGAGAUACAAGCCCUCUGCCUUCCCUGACGCUUUCCCGCGCCGCAGUCAAACUGUUCACUACACCGACCGUUACAGGCCUCGACAUGGACCUUACGAAUACACCCGGCCCAAUCUGUGGGAGAACCAUGUCCAGGUCAAUCACAGCACUAGUACCCUCCCCACAGCAUUGUCACGCCCACGGCCUUGGUCGUUCUAUCCUGAAGCAACCCAGCCAUCCCAAGGACCACCAUUUCGCGGUCCAGCCCAUCCUGAAACCAAACUCCCCACUUUUCCUGCCAUCCGACCGGUCCAGUCCAUGAGUGGGCUUCGGCCAGAAGCAGGGAAGAACCCGCAGCCUUUUACCUCUCGAUAUGCACCUCCGGCCGCAUCACCACCACAACAGGUUCCAACUCCUACUCAAAUGCAUCCUGCCAACGCGGUCCCGCUGCCCCCACCUAAGCCCAUCUCUCACCCGAUCCCGGCUGCAUCACCUGGGGCGUGGGGGUCUACAGUCACCAGCCCCAGCCGCUCGUCCUCUAUCCGUUCUCCGGGUCCACCGGCAUUUAUACAACGACAUGGCCGCUCUGGCACCUCUCCACAAACACCUCCCGCAAGCAAGGCCGUCGACGAGUGCGUCAGGCAACUCAAAGCUAUGGGCUUCGGUAGCGACCCACAUGAGCUGGCUCGCUUGAAUGUCUAUGCCGGCGCUGCAGCAGGAGAUGUUGAAGCGGCAAUCGAAAUGAUCGAGGAAGAUCGUGAGGCUGCGCGAGCCCUCGAGACGAGCAGCCAGGUCGGCCAAGCCAGAAGCGUCAGGGAUGUAGGGAGGGACUUUGACGCGGGCGAGAACCCCUGGGAGGACUAA